UUGGAUAUAUAUAGUAUUUAUCCGCUAAUCAGGGAUUAAACUUGGACCCGGAGCUGAAACUUAGAAAGUCGAAACCCGGAGAAACUGAUUAUCUCUGUUCAGUUGAAACUUGCAAUAUCGGAUUUACAUUUUACAGAUCUGUCCUGAUGGAUUAUGAAGAAAGGAUGAAUCUAAACUAUGGUGAAGGAUAAGAAUGCCAAAUCAACAACUACUCGACAGGAUUCGAUCUAAUGAUGAAACUUUAAACAGAAGAAAAAUCAGUGGAGCAAACUCCUGGUCAAACCAUGUAGCUGUGGGAGGAUGUGAAGGACGAAUUGAAGUGAGUACAGUGGGUAGAGGACCGGUGGACCAAGGAGGACGACAGGCUCGGUGGGAGAGAGAAGGAUGGCAAGAAGGAGGAGGAGGAGGAAGAGGAGGGGGAAGAGAGGAGACACAUUUCUCAAGACUAGAAGUGGGAAGCAAUGAGAGUACCAACAGUAACCAAUUCCUUAUACACUCCCUAAACUCUAAUGCAACGUCUGAACCGAAACUAGAGGCAAAUGCCUGGUCAUUGACGGACAGGGUUAAAGGAGCAAACCCAGCAGAGGAUAAUGAAUACCAGAGUAGGACUUGUAAGUUAUGUCAUUAUAUUCUCCUGGUUCUUGGAAUCCUUCUUGUUAUCUUUGUUGUUGGAUUAAUCCUCACUGAAACCAUCAGGGCGAUUUUUUUCUCAGAUUCUAAGAACUCUACUAUGGAAACCACGAACCAACCUUUCUAAUAAUCUUCUCUGAUCCGCAGAACUCUACUAUGGAAACCACGCUCCAACCUUUCUAAAAAUCUUCUCUGAUCCGCAGAACUCUACUAUGGAAACCACGCUCCAACCUUUCUAAUAAUCUUCUUCUCUGAUCCGCAGAACUCUACUAUGGAAACCACGCUCCAACCUUUCUAAAAAUCUUCUUCUCUGAUCCUCAGAACUCUACUAUGUAAACCACGCUCCAACCUUUCUAAUAAUCUUCUUCUCUGAUCCUCAGAACUCUACUAUGGAAACCACGCUCCAACCUUUCUAAUAAUCUUCUUCUCUGAUCCGCAGAACUCUACUAUGGAAACCACGCUCCAACCUUUCUGAAAAUCUUCUCUGAUCCUAAGAACUCUACCAUGGAAACCACGCUCCAACCUUUCUAAAAAUCUUGUUCUCUGAUCCUAAGAACUCUACCAUGAAAACCACGCUCCAACCGUUCUAAUAAUCUUCUUCUCUGAUCCACAGAACUCAACUAUGAAAACCACGCUCCAACCUUUCUAAAAAUCUUCUCUGAUCCUAAGAACUCUACCAUGAAAACCACGCUCCAACCGUUCUAAUAAUCUUCUUCUCUGAUCC